AUGACAAGCUCAAAUUAUUUUAAGAAUGAAACGAAAAUUUUUCAAGAAUCAGUUGGCAAGUUGGGGGGGGAGAGCUAUGAUAGCGACGUUAUAGAAAUUAUAAGCUUAAAUGAGAACGAGCCUCGGUGCACCACGGUGUCCAGAUUUGUCGAAAUUAUAGAGGACAUGAACUUGUACAACUACGAGCAAAUAAAGUUGGCGAAGAUAAAAGAAUUCGAGGCGUCGAACAGGAGAGCCGAGUUGGUAAGAGACAAAGGAGUCUUCUUUGAGUACUAUUUAGGAUGCAUAGAAACGGACUCCAUCAUUCUGUCGAGCGAAAUAUGUGACGUAAAGAGUGACAAAGAUAUUGAGAUCAGCUACGAGAUAACACCGAAAUCGACAAAGCGGUCUUAUUCCCCCAUGUAUAUGCUAAAGGUAAAUAAAAAUUAUGUCAUGUCUAAUGAUUAUAUUAAAGUGAUAGAAUAUUCAGAAAUUCAUUUCGACUCCAAUAAAAUUCUAUCAGCAGACAAAAAAUUCAUAGAAUUUGAUAAAUGUAAGAGUGAAAUUUUAAAAGAUAUUAACGAGGGGUAUCCAUGUAUAAGAAUUAAACAUAAUAAUAAUCGAGACAUCUCCAAAAUUAAGAGCAAUUUGUCCAAAACUUUAUGUUUAGUUUUGAAUGCAAUAAGAAUUGAAAUUAUGUUAGAAAAAGUUUCUUUUUGUGACUUAAAAUUUGGGGGUAGCUUAAGAACUUUUAUUCAUGUCAUUUUAUACCCUGAUUCUUUUAAAAUUGAUUCUCAUAAAUUUCAUGAAUAUAAUUCUUUGAUUAAAUACAGUGUUGAUAAUUUAUUUAAGGAGCUUAGAAUCACUCCAUUGCGACUAGCCAAAAAUAUUGAUAUGGAUUCCUUUGAAAGUGCUCAUAUUAGGAUAAAUAAGGAAAGUUUGUUGUCGCCUUCUAACAGUUCUCUUAAGAGCGACCCAUCCUUGUGUGGCAAGAAGGACCUGGGGGGGGACACCUCCUUUGGUUUCAGCACCCCCUACAAGGCGCUGGGCGGCUCGAGGCGCUCCGUCCUAGACCCGGCCACCCUCAGCGUGACCAAGGAAGAAGACGAAGUUGUGGACUCCCUGAGCGAAAACGAGAUGGAAGAAAACAACGAAGAAGCAACAAACAUGGUUUUUGUGGAAGAGAAAUAUCGUGGAGGGUACUUACUGGAAGAGUUCAAGGAAAUUCACCCAGACAAAUUUUACUUCAAACCUACGUUGAAAACGUACCAGGCGGAAGGAGUAUGGUGGAUGUACACCAAGGAAAAUCCCCCCGAAUAUUUCAAAGAGAAAAUAAGAAAAAACGAAGACAUAAAAGAAAUCGUUAUUGAUGAAGUCGUCAAGGAGAACCCUCAUUUUGAAAGCGUGGCAAGGAAGAGGACACAGGUGCUUUCCAUAAUAAGUGAGAAGUUCGCCCCGAAGGCGGGUCUCCCGGAGGGCACUCUGUCCGAGUGUAAGGUCGAACAGGGUGGAAGCACUCCGCAGUGUAAGGUCGAACAGGGAGGAAGCUCCCCCGAGUGCAAGUUCGAACCGGUGAGCACGCCGCCCCAAGGCGAGGCGAAACGGAGCGACUUGGCCAUCAAGCGAGAGAAAGCCAAGUUGCGCGGCCAAAGGGAAGACAACAGCGGCGAAGAAAAUGACGAAGAUGGCGAAGAUGACGAGGAUGACGAAGAUGACGACAUUCGGAACAAGCAACCGCUUAACCCCCUGUGGGAGGAACACGCGUUUAUCCCCAACAUAAAAAUCUACGAGAAGGACAACCUGGUGUGUGUGCUAAAAUAUUUCUAUGUAAACAAAUUAACGGGGUGCUUUUCGCUGACGUACCCACAGUAUGUGCCCCCAUUCAGGGGGGGCAUUCUAGCCGAUGAAAUGGGGUUGGGAAAAACCAUACAAAGCAUCGGAUUAAUAGCGCACGAUGUUUGCCACAAUAAAUUGCAUUUACAAAAUAGGAACAAUCAAAAUAAGAACAAUAUUAUUUACUUGAUAGAGAAUACAAUCAAGGGAUUUAAUUUUAAAAAAGGAGGGACAUUAAUUAUUGCCCCGUUAGCUCUGAUCUAUCAAUGGAAACAAGAAAUCGAGAAGCACACCAAGGAGGGUUUCCUCACGGCCUACAUUUAUUACGGCACCUCAAAAGAUGUAACCAGCGAAGAGUUGUCUAAGUACUCCGUAGUGCUAACCACUUAUUCGACUCUAGUCUCUGAGUAUAAAAACACGCUAAGUAAGAAAGGGAAUAAUGGUGAUGAUAACAACCCUAGGGAAGAGAACGAUGAUAUUGGGAAGAGUAAGCAUGAACAGGGUGACAUGGGAUUCAUCAAGGGGAACCCAAAAGAAGAGAAAGUCAAAGGUGGGGUUACCAAGCGUGGAGCAAAAAGCAUCAGUCCUAAAGCGAGUUCACAAAGUGGAACAAAUAAUGAGAGCCCCAAAAUAAACAACUUUUUUAAGAAGACUAUUCUGGGAACGAAGAUAGCGACGACGAGUAAUACUACGCUGAAAUUAAGUGACGAUAGGAAGAACACAAAACAGGGAAGUUCGAAGAAAGAGUGUCCCUUGUAUAGAAUAACAUGGAGAAGAAUCAUAAUCGAUGAAGCACACGUGAUAAAAAAUAAAAACUCCAUUCAGUCAAUUGCAGUGUGGAAAUUACGAGGAGAAAGAAACUGGUGCUUGACGGGAACGCCUAUACAAAAUUCGAUAUAUGACAUCUUCCCACUAUUUCGAUUUUUAGGAAUCAAACCCUAUGGGACCAUUGAAUGGUGGAACAAAGAAAUUAUAGACUAUGUAAAUAAAAACAAAUUGAACUUAGCCCUGGAUGUAGUUAGGAAAAUAUCAUCUCCCAUUUUGUUGAGGAGAACAAAAAAAUCGAGGACAAAAAAUGGAGACUACAUUAUAUCUUUGCCGAAAAAAAAUGUGCACCUCAUGAAGCUGAAGUUUUCCAUGGAGGAAGAAGAUUUUUAUCGGGCCAUAUUUUACCGAAGCAAAACCAAAUUUGACACAUACAUGCAUGAUGGGAAUGUGUUAAGUCAUUACUCCCACGUUUUGCAGUUGCUGUUGAGGCUAAGACAGUGCUGCUCGCACCCUCUGCUUUUGUUCUCUAAGCCUUUUUUUGAGGAAUGGAAUCGGGAGGACAUAAACAACGCGCUGCAGAAGAAGGACGACGAUGAGUGGAAAGGGGAAAACGAAGAAGGAGGUACUGAUUUUCUCCCCGAAAAUGGCACCACAGGGAGAAGCACUCCAUUUAGCAGCUCCAACCGUAAGGACGUAGCAGAUGAGCCAACGAAUCGGGGAGACGACCUUAUAUACAACUUCAUGCUAGGAGCGACGCAUUCAAAUCAGCUGGAUGAUGAUUACGUCCAAAUGAUAGACCUGCUAAAAGGAGGAAACGCAAUUCAGUGUGUAAUCUGCUUGGAAGACGCUGUAUACCCACUAAUUAGCAAAUGCAUGCAUAUCAUGUGCAAAAAAUGUGCAGACAAUUAUUUUCACUUAACCCAAAUAGCAGAUAAGAAAUGCCCACAGUGCAAUCAGUACAUAAGCUUAAAAUCGUUGAAAACGCUACAAGAAAAUAAGUCUCCUCUAGACGAAUUGCUAAAAAAAAUGAAAAAGGAAAACUUUGUUUACUCCACCAAAUUGAAGCAACUAUUUGAUCAUAUACAAAAUGACAUGCAAAACGAAUUGCACAUUGUCGUAUUUUCGCAGUGGAUUGGAUUUCUGAAAAUUAUCCAAAAAUUACUAACUCUACAUAAUAUUCCCAACAAAAUAUAUGAUGGAUCUUUAACAUAUGAAGAGAGAAAAAAUACUCUCCUUUGGUUUAAUGUACAAAAAGGCAAAGUAUACCAGCCAGGAAUUGGAUUUACUAAACCUUCUUUUCCAAUUGCUGUAGAAAAUUUCUCUGGGAAAGUACUCUUAUGUUCGCUCAAAGCAGGUGGAGUUGGUCUCAACCUUACCGUUUCUUCCAAAGUCUACUUAAUGGACUUGUGGUGGAACCCUGCCAUCGAAGACCAGGCAUUCGAACGAGUCCAUAGAAUUGGACAACUAAAGGAUGUCAGCAUUUACAAAUUCGUUUUGGAAAAAACAGUGGAGGAAAGAAUUCUGCAAAUCCACCAGAGCAAGCAGUACACGGCGAAUCAAAUUUUAGCUCAAGAGGGUAACAAAAUUAACACAGAGAUGAAAUUCGCUCCGCAGAAAUUGGGCAUGGAUGAUUUCAUUCUCAUGUUCAAGGAUUGGAAUGCGGAAGAGUAG